AUGGAAGCGCUCGCGGACCAUGCGCUCUUUGGGUACACGGUCCAUGACAUGCUCCUCAAGGAGUCGAUCCACACGGUGCAUGAGCUGCUCGAGUCGGCCGGCCACGAGCCCGACUUUGUCGAGAUCCUCUCGGAUGCACUCGACGACGUCGAGGAGAACAUCCGGGCAGCGCCGUCGUCGCUCAACGAGUACGGCUACCUCCUCGCGAGCGUGGCCAACCUCCGUGACGAGGUCGAGUUCAGCCUCGGCGCCGCCGAGCCCGUCAAGGCCAAGGCCGACCUGGCGACGUUUGAAUUUUCACAGGCCAUCCAGUGGCGCGCCGACCUCCCGGCAACCGACGGCCACGCCGCCCUCGGGACGAUUCCUGCAGCAGCGCCGCCCAGCGCGCCGUCCGAAGUUCGCUGUGACGUCUGCGCGGGCGACGUCUCGUUCGCCGACGACCGGAUCGUCAUCUGCGACGAGUGCGACGUCGCAGUGCACGAGUCGUGCUACGACAUCAAGCGCGUGCCCGACUCGGCGUGGUACUGCCACUUUUGCGCCUCGAACCGCAUCUCGUGCGAGAGCGACCUCGCAGCUUGCGCCGCCUGCAACCACCUCGGCGGCGCGCUCGUCCCGACGCUCAACGGCAAGUGGGUGCACAUGGCGUGCACGCAGUACCUUCCGGAACUCUACUUUAUCCACGACAAAGUCGAGGGCAUCGAGCUCCUCAAGCCGCGGCGCAAGCUCAAAUGCUCCAUCUGCAAGAAGGCCGACAACGCAGCGUGCGUGCAGUGCUGCGCCGGCAAGUGCCCGACAGCCUACCACGUCAUGUGCGCGCUUCGGUCCGGCGUCGCCUUUACGCGCCAAGAGGAUGCGUACGUGAGCUACUGCAAGGUCCAUGCGAAGAGUGGGGGCAACUUGCCCAUUGCGCGCCACGACGCACCGGCCAAGCGCUCGGCAACAUCAGCAUCUUCGACGGCACGCCUCCUCGCACUACCGCCGUCGCCGCCUCUUCAACCGGCCACGGGACCGGUGUCGACACCCAUCAAGCCUCCGACGCCAUCCAAACCAUCCAUGACAACGCCCGUCAAGCCACCGACGCCGUCGAAACCACCCAUGUCGACGCCGUCCAAGCCCACGCCGGUCAAGCCGUCAACGACCGAGGUGACGCCGGCCGAGGCGCCACGCAGCAUCGCCAUGAAGGCGCCGCGCCCCGAGUACUUUCAAACCAAGCUCACUGCGCCGGUGGCCAAGCCCAAGGCGCGCAAGAACAAGGAACUCCAGCAGCAGAUCAAGGCCGUCGGCGCCAGCCUCUUCGACUGCCCCGUCUUUGUACCGAUCGUGCGCUCGCACGGCGAGUACAUCAUGUGCCUCGUGCCAGCGCUGCCACUCGGGAUUGAGUUUGACCCGGCCGCGCUCUUGCAGCAGAAGAAGUACAUCGUCGAGUACCCGAGCGACCCGAGUCCCCACGGCGUGUUUACGUACGCGUACGCCCACGGCUACCUCGCCCCUGGCGACGAGCUCUGCGCGAUCAACUCGAUGCCGCUCGCCAACAUCUCGCCGGCGCACAUGAAGGACGAGAUCCUCCCGCAGUGCAAGCUGCCGAUCCAGUGCUGGUUCAAGAAGAAGGUGCCCUUACCCACAGACGGCCCGCGCGCAAGUGAGCCGAGCAGCGCCCUGACGCUGGAUGCACCCACCUCGUCCAACGAAGAGUGGCCCUGGUGCUACCUCCGGUCGGACGGGAAGCUCGCCAUGCCCCGCAUUUGGUCGGUCUUUGAUGAAAUGUACCACGGCACGAGCGUCGACACCUCGGCCCUGCUCGAGUCACUGCGCAGUCCCGAGAGCCUGUAUGUGAUCCCACCCAUUGGCUUCUCCGACGUUCCCGACGUCAUCUACGAGAAGCGCAAGGAGCUGCACGCGACCAAAGCCGCGAUACCCGUCGCUGCGCUAUCGCCGCUCGACGUCGGCACGAUGGUCAAGGUCGCCAAGCGCACGUGGCCGGGCAUCAACAAGCUCGGCGGCACGGGGCGCGUCAAGGCCCGACGACCCGUCGGCGACGGGUUCACCUACGACGUGGUGUACGUGCUCGGCGGACGCGACAACCACAUCGAGCGGCAGUACGUGACGCCGGUGACGAUGGACGACCCGGUCGGCGCGACGCCGUCGGACGCCAAAGACGCGACGCACGACGAGGCGUGGACGCUCAAGGCCUCUCUCGUCACCAAGGGCCCGAUGCCCGGCAUGGAGCCCGGCGCGACGUCGUUCCAAGUCACCUUUCGGGUCGAGCACGAGAGCGACGCGAUCGCCGAAACCUCGAAAGCAACGAUACAUGCCCUGCCGGAAGGGCUCUCGCUGCGCCUUGAUGCGGUUACCGAUGUGCUGGAAGAAGGCGUGCCGGACGAGCUCGGUCCGCAGCUCCAGGCGCUGCACGAACAGCUGCGGGCGGUCGAUGCGUCGACAAAAGCGACCUUUGAGAAGCUCUCGUCGCUCCUCGACCAGGAGAAGAAGCGCGCGUACUUUACGGCCAUGGAAGCGCUCACCAACCGGCAGUACGAAGAGAUGUACGAGAAGAUGAUGGCGCUCCACGAAGAGCACUAUGGACCUGUCAACCCGCCGCCGACCCCGAAGGCAGCCAAGAGCGUCGCGCUCGUGCCAACGACAGGCCAGGUGCCGGUACCAGCGCUCGACCACGCAUCUGCCAUCGACCCAGAUGAGGAAGACGACGACGACGACGAAGACGUGGAUCUGCCGCUCUUCAUCACGGGCAAGCAAGAAGAGAGUUCGGCGACGUGCGUUCUGUGCCUCAUCCCCGGCGGCGACCUCGCAGCCACGUCGUGCGGCCAAGUCGCGCACAUCAUGUGCCUCCUCUACACGCCCGAGACGUACUUUGACGAGCACCUCGGGUACGGCAUCGCCAACGUCCCGGCCGAGCGCUUAAGCCUCGUGUGCGACAUUUGCCGCAAGAAGGUCGGCGUCAACAAACUGCAGUGCGCGAGCAAGAAGUGCACCAAGUCGUACCACGUCCAGUGCGCCUACGUGCGCGGUCUCCUGACGACAUAUCCGUCGUUUGCAGGGUGGUGCCCCAAGCAUCUGGCCAAGGCCGACCCACAGACACAAGCGUCGAUCGACUGGCCGCCGCACAUCAAGAAGCAGCUCAUCAAGGAAGGCAAGCUCUUGGAAGACAACGACGAGACAGAAAAACCAGCUCGGAAGCGCAAGUCGGAGAUCGCGCCGUCGCCCAAACCGUCGCCGCCUGUCAGCGACAACGAGGAAGCGCCGACGCCAAGCGUGGCCUUUCGUGUGGGUGACACGGUGCGCGUCACGGAGCGGACGUGGAAGGGCAUCAACAAGCCCGGCGGCGUCGCGCGCAUCAAGAAGAAGCACGAAAUCUCGGCCAGCGCCGUCACCUACGACGUCGAGUACAUUCUGGGCGGCGCCGAGAAGGCAGUGGAAGCCAUGUACAUUGCGCCGCACGUGGCCGAUGUGAGCGGCAAGAAACGCCGACGCACAACCAACGCCACGUACGAGUUUGACUAG